AUGAUGUCAUCCCACACUACCUAUCAGAGAUGUGCUCUCACCGGACCGCGCGUGCUCAAGGUAGGUUCUGGAGAGAACGGGAUCAGGGACGCCGUCUCACUACACGAGCACGCCAGAGAAAGACCGUCACACGCCACGCGAUGUGGUCUUUACGCCCUGAAAGCGGAGGCAAGAAGCGCAGAAAGUCAGAAGGGAGAGAGCUAUGCGAUCUACGUGUACAAGGUGCUGAAGCAGGUCCACCACACCGGCAUUUCUUCCAAGGCGAUGGGCAUCAUGAACUCGUUCGUCAACGACAUUUCGGAGCGCAUCGCCGGUGAGUCGUCUCGUUUGGCUCAUUACAACAAACGCUCUAUCACGUCCAGGGAGAUCCAGACCGCCGUGCGCCUGCUUCUUCCCGGUGAGCUGGCCAAGCACGCCGUGUCCGAGGGCACCAAGGCCGUCACCAAGUACACCAGCUCCAAGUAA